GAAAAGUUCGUUGAGGUUGUCCUUAACGGUUUAUUAUCAUACACACAAAAUCCCUCCCUCCAAAAAUUUCCCAACAAUGGCUACAGUUGAAAUUGGGAACUUGGGUCUUGGAUUUAGGCCACAAAUUGCAAUAAAUCCAACUAGAAAAUGGCCAUGCAAGAAUUUUUUUGGUCAGAAAAAGCAAAACAAGAAGAGAAUAUUGCUUGUAUGUUCUGUUGCUGAUAAAAAAGAAGCUAAAGUUAGUUCAUUUAGUAAAGAAGAAAAUGAUUUAAUUGAAGCUCUUAUUGGUAUUCAAGGUCGUGGUCGCUCUGCUUCUCCUCAACAACUUCAAGAGGUUGAACGUGCUGUUAAAAUUCUUGAAGGAUCAGAAGGUGUUUCUGAACCAACGAGUUCGAGUUUGAUUGAGGGUCGGUGGCAGCUGAUGUUCACGACUAGGCCAGGAUCAGCAUCUCCUAUUCAGAGAACUUUUGUUGGGGUUGACUCAUUCAGCGUAUUUCAAGAAGUCUUCCUUAGAACGAACGACCAACGUGUAUCCAACAUUGUAAAGUUUUCUGAGGCAAUAGGUGAGCUGAAAGUAGAGGCACUUGCAACGAUCAAAGAUGGAAAACGAAUUCUUUUCCAAUUUGAUCGAGCAGCUUUUUCGUUCAAAUUUCUACCAUUCAAGGUUCCGUACCCUGUACCUUUUAGACUUCUGGGAGAUGAAGCUAAGGGCUGGUUAGACACUACAUAUUUAUCCCCAUCCGGGAAUCUCCGUAUAUCAAGAGGAAACAAGGGAACUACAUUUGUGCUGCAAAAGGAAGCCGGACCAAGGCAGAAAUUGCUCUCAUCCAUUUCAACGGGUACAAGAGUGGAAGAGGCGAUUGAUGAGUUUCUCUCCCUCAACCAAAACGUUGCAAAUACUGAACUGGAACUUCUUGAAGGGGAGUGGCAAAUGAUAUGGAGUUCACAGGUUGAAACAGAUAGUUGGAUAGAGAAUGCUGGGAAUGGACUCAUGGGCGAGCAGAUUGUCAAAGCAAACGGACAAUUGAAGUUCCUGGUCGACAUAUUGUUCGGGGUUAGGUUCUCCAUGUCAGGCAAAUAUGAGAAAUCCGGUAGUAACACGUACGAUGUCAUAAUGGAUGAUGGAGCCAUCCUAGCUGGAAUGUAUGGAAUUCCGGUUGAAAUGGAAAGCAAGUUCACCAUAGAAAUACUAUAUACUGAUGACAAAAUCAGAAUUUCACGGGGCUACAACAAAAUUCUCUUCGUCUAUGUACGCGUAGAUGGAUCCAACAAGAAGUGAUCAUCAAGAUUUGCAAAGUUACAUUAAGCCAAUUUGCUAUGUUAAAACUGCCAACCAUAGUCAAAUCUUUGUCAAAGUGUAACUUUAUAUUCAACUUGUCAAGCACCUUACUCCAGUUCAUAUAGUGCAAUUAUACAAAUGUUUGUAGGGUGAAAUCCCAUUGGUAACUCACCAUACUAUUAGAACUUCCUCAAUGUUGGUUUUAUUCUGCUCCUAAUUUUAAAAAAUAGAUGCCAAAAUGCAGUGUUUUGACCUC